AUUAUUAUUAUCAACAACAACGUCACUUUGACUAUACCAAACAUGACACAAAGAUAAGAUAAAGUCUUCCACACUUCAUGUACAUCAGAUUAUCAGAAAGACGAGAGAUUUUGGACUAAACUAACCAUGAUUAAGUUACUUUUAUUUAUUGCUGGUAUAUACAAUGUAGUUGCCAAGAUUUCUGAUCCCACUCAGCUAUGUGGGGAGUUGCUGUCCCUUGAUUGUAAGAAUUACAUAACACCUGAUAGAGACGAGACUGUUUGUGGCACCAAUGACAUGACAUACAACAACUUUUGCUACUACAGCCAGGCAAGAUGCAAUGAUAAGACACUAGAUUUGAAAUAUGUGGGAGCCUGCGGUGCCACUAUGCCUCCAGCAACAGCUGUAAACACCAUGACUGCCGCCGGAAGUACAAUUCCCGGAAGCACUCUUCCACCCACGACAACGCUAGAUCCGAUCCUCGAAGCAUUCUGUGGGAACAAGAAUAACAUAGUGUGUGGCACGGAUUUAUCACCAAUCUGCGGCUCUGAUAAACAAUUCUACCUCAACAAAUGCGAAUAUUCAAAGGCUUACUGUGACGACAAAACAUUGAAAUCAAAACCAAUCGAGUUCUGUACCGGAGGCGCAACUGGAAAAUAGAAUUGUUCUCAACUUUUUAUUCAAAAUAAAUUCUUCAAGUUA